AUGACCCUCUACGCUAACAACGAUGCUCUCAUGUGCAAAAUCUUUGCCACGACACUCCAAGGCAAGACACAAGACUGGUUCCACACCCUACCACCGCGCUCAAUCCGAAACUUCAAUGAACUUUCCUUAGUUUUCACCAAGGAAUAUUCAUCCUACCGCUCGAUUAGGAAGAAGUUUGACCACUUAUUCAACAUGAAAAAAGACCCGAAUGAGUCAUUCUGCACAUAUAUCAAGAGGUUCAAGGUAAAGAAGGCGAAGAUCGUUAAAUGCGAUGAUAGCAUCGUAUGCUCAGCUUUUCGAAAAGGGCACCUAACAGAUCACCCACUUUUCAAAAAAUUGAUCAUGGGCGGGGAGCUGACCUUGGCAGCUUUAUACGCUUUGGCAAAGAAACACGCACUAUGGGAUGAGGCCAAGCAGUCUGAGGGGAACGAGCAAAAAAAUAAGCGCAAGGACCGUUCCCUAAACAGAGGUGACGCAAUACCUAAGGUGUUCACCAAGUCCACAGUUCUGAUUGGCCAGAUUCUCCGUAAGCUCAAGAAUGAACCAUGGUUCAAACUGCCACCACCCAUGAAGGGUGAUCUUACCAAGCUAGAUCAAACAAAGUAUUACGCAUUCCACUAA